AUGAGCUUAGGUACGUCGUUGAAUCUUGAUUGGAACGCUCGCAUUAGACCUGACCCAAUACAAGCGACUGCUACGUCCACGGCUUUAAAUGAUGCCAUCGACGCAGCGACAAACCUCGGCGUCUUCGUCGUCGUGGGUGCCGGGAACGACGGAAAGGAUGCUUCCACGAGGUCACCAGCUAGCGCGCCGACUGCCUUCACCGUUGGUGCCAUUGACAUUAACAGCACUAGAGCUACAUGGUCCAACUUUGGCCCUGCUGUGGAUGUCUUUGCUGCUGGCGUAGAUGUGAGAUCGACUUCUUUGUACCAGGAUGGCACCGAGCUUCUGUCGGGAACGUCAAUGUCAACACCGCACAUUUCCGGUUUGGCGCUGUAUCUCAAGGGAUUGGAGGGCUCUGCUGUGGAUACACCGGCGGCGAUCGGAGCUCGCAUCAAGGAACUUGCUACUAAGGACAUUGUUGCCGGUGCUGGAGUUGGGAGUCCUAAUCUUGUUGCGUACAAUGGGAAUGGUCGACGAUGA